AUGCCACUUCCGCAAUGUCAAAUCGUCGUAUACCCGUACGGGAAUGAGUCUGUCACGUCGCACAUGCUCGACGCGGUCAUCGACGACACGCGGGGCACAAACCUCAUCACCCGUGCAGCGGUCGAAGGGCUUCAAGACCUGGACAGAUGGCUCGUGUCCUCCUCGGGAGACGCAGACGCAUCGGUCGAACUGCAAGUUCAAAUCCUCAAGGGCAGCCGGAUCUGUGCGGAGAGAUUCACCGCCAGCGACACGGCUCCUGCGGGGCUACCUCGUGGGUGUGGGAUUGUGGUGGGCAGGGGCUCGUCCAUUCACCGCGACUUUCAUCAGCAAGGCUAUCCCGGGCUGCCAAUGGUUUACCCGAGACCGACACGAGUAUCAAGCAUUUGCGGGUCCCGCAGACAGAAGGGAACCCCCAACCAUCAUGGCACCAAAACGAAGGCAAACCCAAAACAGUACUGGAACGGUGUUCAAGACGACCCGAGUGACACCCGCAAUCGAGGCGAAAAAGCGGGGAUGAAUGCCCCACUAGAGCCCACCGCGGAGCACUCGAAAUGGUGGUAUUUUUGCCGUUGGUGCAUCCGGCGGUUUUCGUCGCCCUCGCCAUGUCAACGUGAACGUGGCGAUGAGCCUUCGAGAAGCGACUUCCGGGUUUCGGGGUGCCAAUUUUCGUAUCUGGCUGGGGGAGGGGAGUUGAGACUCCCGGUGGAUCGGGUGGUGAGACGAGGCGCACCUUUGAACAAGCCCGCUAUUGCACCGCGCAACGUCAAACCAGCGCAAAGGAUUCUACCGGUAACCCAGACUGCUGAUAGUGUCUUGGAUAUUCUCAUAUGGAAGGCCGACUACAGUCAGAUACGACGUUUCCUGGUCCUCGAGUUCGAUGCCGAUGUCAAUAUCAUGGAUGAUGAGGUGUUCAGGUCUCUGAAGUUGGAAAAGGAACCUUGCGACAUGACCGUGCCGCUCAGUCUGCCUGGUCGAGCACAUCUCAAGCCAAUCGGCAAAGUGAACUGUCGGUGGUGUGUCUGGGGUAAUACUCACAGCUACCUCACGUCUUUCCUAAUCGUCAGCGGAUGCGACUUCGAUGUUAUGAUCGGGAGACAAACCAUCAAGGAACUUGAAAUCUAUGCAUAA